UCUGGUGAUGUUUUUAGAUAGAAGGGCUUCCUGUGUGGUUGCAUCGUGAGAACACUUAUUUUCAGACUCUGUUCUCACUUAUUAUUUCGUGUAUAGGACAAAAAAAGGCAUUAUACUAUGUAUUUAUUGUCUUCUCUUUAUAUUCUGGGUUGGAUUUUAUACCAAGGGUCAUCAAGUAUUCUUAUAUUCAGACUUCUUCCCAAGAAUUAUAAUCUUCUUCCCAGGAAAAUACGCAUUCUGCAAAGAUCCUCGCAUCUUCUUCUAAAAAACAGAGAUGGGAGAAGCCGUGACUUACUCUGAGGUGCGAGUUCAUCCUUCAUCUCAGGAGCGGAGGAGGGCACCUGACUACUCUGAAAACAAAAGGAUCGUGAGUUCUGAACAUCGAGGCUAUUCUGUCCCGCAGUCUUCAUGGAAGUUACUUUCAGCGGUUCUGGGGAUCAUCUGCUUAGUGCUGCUUGUGUUUGUUGGAAUCUUAACUACAAAGAAAACAGAGCCAUGGUCAGGAAAUCUCACCUCCCGUCAGGAAACAGACCAGAUGGAACUGAUUUCAGGAAAUUCAGGGUUUCCCCCACUGCCAACAAAAGUUCAAGGUUGGAAAUGUCACCCUUGUGAGGACAACUGGCACCAACAUGGGGAAAACUGCUACUCUUUUUCCGCACAACCAAGUCCUUGGAGAAAUUGUGAAGUUUAUUGUACUACUCGGUCUUCAAGUUUUCUUAAACUAAAUACUGAGAAAGAAAUGGAUUUUGUAAAAAAUUUUUCAAUGAAGCAAUGUCAUAUUGGGGCAGGAAAGUUUUGGAUCAGUUUAUAUUACAACUGCAGUGAACGGAAAUGGGUUUGGCAAGAUGGCUCAGCUUUUACCUUGGACAAGCUCCAGUUAACAAAACCUGACAUUGCCUCUAAUCAUUGCAAAUAUAUAAACAAUGGUCAGUUAUUUGAUGGAAAUUGUAAAGACCCUGGUUAUUGUAUAUGUAAGAAGACAGCAUAUGGAGAUUAAAUCACUCAUAUGCAGGAUAUAAAACCAAAAGCAACAAAUGAACAAACCUGAAAAACAAACAAAAUCACAUAGAUGUAGACAACAGUAUGGUGGCUACCAGAAGGAAAGGGGGGGGGGUAGUAAAGGGCAGAGAGGGUCAAAUAUGUGAUGGAAGAAGAUUUGACUUUGGGUGGUGGGCACAUAAUACAAUGUAUUGAUGAUGCAUCAUAGAAUUGUACACAUGAAACCUACAUAAUUGUAUUACUCUAUGUUACCCCAAUACAUUGAAUUAACAAAAAGAGAAAGAGGUGUAAACAUUGAAACUUUUCCAGGAUUAUUUUUAACAUUAAGAAAUACUUCAAAAAUAGAAAUUUAAUAA